AGAACAACGUUCCGCCGCUCGAAGUGCUACAAUUUGUUGAAUUAUUCCCACAUUUUAGUUAGUUGCAUUUAUUGGAGGAGGCUGAUCGAAAUGACGAGCUACACAGAGGAUUAUCUUAAGCAGAAACUAACAGAAAAGCUGGAGGCAACACAUGUGGAAGUGAUCGACGAAUCAGAUGGUUGCGGUGGAAAAUUCAGUGCUUUAGUGGUAUCUCCCCAGUUUGAAGGCAAAACACUGAUACAGAGGCACAGGCUCGUAAAUUCAGCACUGUCCGAAGAGUUGAAAACUAUACACGCAUUUUCGCAGAAAACCUUUACACCGAAACAGUGGGCCGAGCAACCAACCAACUGAACAAAUAUCUUUUCUAUCUAAUUUGGAGAUUAAUGAUUUAGCAUAAAGAUCAAAUAAAUUAUUUUUCAAAGAAAAUUUACACAAAA